AUGGCGGCCGCAGCAACGAGGCUCGUCGUCUGCGGCGGAAGCGGCUUCCUAGGUUCCCGUAUCUGCAAGUACGCCGUCGCCCGAGGAUGGGAAGUCACAUCAAUAAGUCGAUCAGGCGAGCCAAAAUGGGACUCGGUCACCUCGUCGCCUCUCCCACCAUCCUGGUCACACAAGGUCUCGUGGGAACGCGGCGACAUCCUCCGCCCCGUGACGUACGCGCCGCUGCUCAAGGGCGCAGACUAUGUCGUACACAGCAUGGGCAUCCUCCUCGAGGCAGACUACAAGGGCAUCGUCUCCGGGAAGGAGUCGCCGCUCACCGGCCUGCAAAAGAUGUUCUCCCCAGUCCGUGAGCGUGGCACCAACCCGCUGGAUAAAAAGGCCGGCGAGGACAUCAAGCCGCCUAAUCCCACCGACCAGUUCUCCUACGAGGUCAUGAACCGCGAUAGUGCCGUCGCCCUGGCCAAGCAUGCCGCGGCGGAAAAGGCCAGCGCCUUUUGCUUCAUUUCCGCCGCUGGAGGUGCGCCCAUCAUGCCCCCGCGGUACAUCUCCACCAAGAGACAGGCCGAAGUUGCCAUUGCGACGAAUUUCCCCGAGAUGCGUGGUGUCUUUGUGCGGCCGCCAUUCAUGUAUGACAGCUCGCGCAAGAUCACCAUGGGUAUGGCUGCCAUGGCUGGCGCAGGCACACUGUUCACGAGAAUGACGGGAAAUUACUUGAAAGAUUUCAUGGGCGCUGCUGGCACAAAACCGCUCCAGGUUGACACGGUUGCAGAGGCGGUCGUGGAGGCACUCAGUGACGAGACAGUCAAGGGACCCGUCGAGGUUCCUCAGAUUGAGGAGCUAGCGAAUAAGGGAUGGCGGAAGACUAUGUUGUAA